UUCUAAUUACAGGGUUGUUGCUAUCUACUUGAUGAAAUUUACUUUUACGUAUAUACUAUGCAGUGAUCACUACUAGACAUUAAACUCGUUCUUUCUUUUUAGUGAUUCUCGGUCUUCACUUUUAGUUUUUCUCGUUUUUCACCGACAUGUGCGAAAGCACGUGUGGUAAUUACGAGGUUGUCUAGAUGUACUAGCGCCGAGGAAAGACUGAACGAAUCUCUGCUUAGCAACUACAAGACAGAAGUCACGUCUAGGGAGAUGGACGACGAGUUUGAGGAUGUGCCUGAUGACAGUGAAAAUCCAGGUGGCAGCACACAAGUUUUUGGUUCAUUGGCGGAAGACGACUCUCUAACAAAAGACAUCAGCAGGUCGUACGAAGACACCGAGAGUGAAAAUAUGAGUCCAAGACGUUUGACAGCGUGUGCAAUGAGGCAACUAUCGAAGGCAGCAAGAGCACUCUCCAUGUCAGUUGGAGAUAGCGACAAUGAGCAGAAAGGAGAGAAUGGACCUAUCUUUGAUUAUGACGUCGUAACAGCGGAAGAAUUUGCGGCAGUGAGUCAAGACUCAAUGACGCCAAGAACAUGGACUGUACUGGAGACUUCAUCUCGUGAUGAAUCUCCUAGAUUUGAAGCAGACGAUGCUGUGUAUGAGACAAAGGGAGAAACGACGUCGAAUUUGGCAGCUGUAAGUGAAAGUACAACAAGAGAUGUGGAAAAAAUUGAGACUGUAGCUGCAAGUGGUAGUGAAGACACAACAGGUAAAGGAUUGUUGGAAGACAGUAAAAGUCCUUCAGGUAGCGAAAAUCGUCUUGUUCGACAAGACAGUGCUCCUACUGGAGAGAGAGACUUCAUAAAUGAAGAUGUGAAUGAUCCAGCAUGGAUCCAACAUAGCAAGCAUAUUUUUCUACUUAGUGAAGCAGGAAAGCCAAUCUAUUGCAGAUAUGGCAGCGAGGACAAGUUGGUCACUCUAAUGGGAGUCAUGCAGGCUUUGAUAUCAUUUAUUCAAGACGAUGGAGAUAUAUUAAAAUCAAUUCAGGCUGGAGACCACAAGUUUGUCUUUCUUGUCAAAAGUCCUGUGGUUCUUGUUGCCAUUUCGCGUACUCAAGAGUCGGAUAGCCAGCUCUUUACGCAAUUGAAUUUAGUGUUUCAGCAAGUUUUAAGUGUACUCACGUACACUCAACUGGUUCGCAUAUUUCAGCAGCGGAGAAACUAUGACUUGCGUCGUUUGUUGUCUGGAACAGAAAAAUUUAUUGACAAUUUGUUGAAUUUGGUUGAUCGUGAGCCAAGCUUCUUGCUUGGGGCUGUUAAGUGUCUGCCUUUGCCGGCUAAUGUCCGUGAUAAUAUAGGAAACAUAUUGCAACAACAACGAGUAAAGGAGCUGGUAUUUGCCAUCUUGAUAGCAGAAAAUCAGUUGAUCACACUGUUGAGACCAAAAAAGCAUGGUCUAUAUCCACAAGAUUUACAUCUAGUGUUUAAUCUUGUCGAUGCUUCAACAUCGUUUCGGACAGCAGAAUCUUGGAGUCCCAUUUGCCUUCCAAAGUUUGAUAACACGGGUUACCUUCAUGCUCACGUUUCAUAUUUGGAAGACGAUUGUCCAGCAUGUCUUCUGCUGCUCUCGACAGAGAAAGACAAAUUCUUUACUUUGUCUGACUGUAAGAAGAACAUAGUGGAGAGAAUGAAGAGUUCUGGCUGCAUGCAGGCUAUUAAUGAUUCUCUAGCAAGAGAGAGUUACAGAAUAGAACAAAUUGGAAUUUCUGAUUUGAGACAUUUUGUGUAUAAAUCUAAAGGCACAUUACAAUACACUGCACCAGGGAUUACACACCCGUACACUGAAGAGGAAGACAGAGAGAGACUGAUGGGAUUGUAUCAAUAUUUGCAUCACAGAAUUCACUCAUCGUCACGUCCUCUCAAAAUUCUUUUCCAUGUUGGUUCAAAAGAAACUGUUUUAGGAUGGGUAACUCCAGGGUUUGAAUUGUAUGUUGUGUUUGGCCCUCUUGUUACGAAACCGGUUGCAAUCAGCUCGGUAAACAAACUGCUAAGAUGGAUCAAGCAUGAAGAGGACCGUUUGUUCAUACUGUCAUCUCAGACAUAUUGAUUGUCUGACAUCGUAAUCUAAUAUCAUACACUGUAUGUAUGUUUUCUAUUGUAGUGAACAGUGAACUGAUGGAUUUAUAUAACUAUGUCUGGAACUGGUUUAAAAAAUAUAUGAUGUUCAUGUAGGA